AUGAAUGAGCGCCGGGGGCAGGCCGGGGCCGCGGGGCCGGAGAGGAAGCGGCCCCGGGGCGCCGCGGGGCCGGGGGCGGGCCCAGCGCGCCUGGGAAGGAGGAAGCCCAGCGCCAGCGCGGGCCCCGCCGCACCCGCCUCUUCGCCAAAAUGGGACGCUCUCAGUCCCGCUCCUCCGCCCUCCUCGAGCCGCAGAGGCGGCUCCUCAGCGGCGCUAGGGGGAGCCCCGGGUCCGGAGCGGGGGAGCGGCAGCAGCCGGACCGGGAGCCCCUCAGCACCUGCCCCUGUGGCGGAGCCGCAACAAGCCAAGCGGCAGCGGCGGCGGCUCCGAGCGGGGAGGGCAAGUGACCCGGAUGUACAGGGUAACGACGAGGAGGGGGAGGGGGGAAUGCCAGGAAGUGAGGGCGCCGCGGACCUGUCCGGCCGUGCGCAUGCGUCGCACGCCCGCCCCGCAAGGAUGAAUGAACACCGAAUCCUUGAGGAAAAAGACAUCUCCAAACAUUUCCACCAUAGUCAGGGACUCCAGUGUUACCUUAGGGAUGAAGACUCCAUGGAUAUUUAAUGAAGAAAGGGGAAGAGGACAGGGGACAGAGGCCUGAGAAUCUCCUGGGAAGGGCUAGAAGCUCAUCCAGCCUUGAAAGAUGACAUCAGAGCCGCUAUUCAAAAAGAACCCAAUGUAUCUUUAUCAACCUUCCUUAAUAAAGGAACGUCAGCCACACCACUGUUAAAGGCUAUAUAAUACUCCCCUGUGCGGCUAAACCAUGAAGUGUUGAAUGAAUCUGGAGUUCAGCUGAGGGGAGGUUUCUUCAAUGUCAAUAAAGGUAAAAUGCUUUAUUCCAGCA